CAAUCCUACAAGGAUGGAGAGUUAGGGGACAAAAAUAACCUUAGUGGUGACUGUGUGUAAUGUGCUGGGUGCGCUCUAAUAUUAGGGCAGUCUGCUUGUGUCUUUAAAACCUUUUGGGAUUUAGUAGAAUACUUUGUUGCAAAAUGGUUAUUAAAGUUUUCCUCGCAUCUUCAUCUGGAUCGACAGCGAUCAAGAAGAAGCAGCAGGAUGUAGUAGGGUUCCUGGAAGCCCUCAAGGUGGAAUAUUCUCAGAUGGACAUUGCCUGCAAUGAGGACAACCGCAUGUGGAUGAGGGAGAACGUUCCUGAGGAGAAAAAGCCCAGCAAUGGUAUUCCACUGCCCCCUCAGAUCUUCAAUGAAGACGGCUACUGUGGGGAUUAUGAGACGUUCUUCGAUGCCAAAGAAGACAACCAGGUGUAUGCCUUCCUGGGCCUGCCUCCUCCUCCAGGGUCCAAGGAAGCACUACGGGCCGAAAAGGCUCUUAUCGUUGAGAAUGGGAAUGAUGCUGAGGAACACCCUGAUGAUGACACACUCAAAAAAGAAAUUCCGGCAGAGGAGUGUAACGGAGGAGUACAUGGAGAGGAGGAGGUAACAGAAGAGAUACUAUCAGAGGAGGGAGGUGAAGUGGAGGAGAGUGGAGGCGCUGAAGAGAAGGCCGCUGAGGAGGUCGCUGAGGCCGCAGAAGACACAGCUCCGGAAGAGGCGGCCGAAGACGAGGCGGCCGAAGACGAGGCGGCCGAAGACGAGGCGGCAGAAGACAAGGCGGCAGAAGACGAGGCGGCAGAAGAAUCAGCCGAAGACACAGAGGAAGCGUCAGAAGACACUGCCCGUGUAGAGGAGGCAGAGGCUGAGGAUGAAGCAGAGGAUGAAGAGGCAAAGGGAGAAGACGAUCAGCCGGUCUCUGAGGAGGAAGAAGAGCUGCGGCAGCUGGAGGAGGAAGAAGACGAGGCGGCGGAAGCAGAGGAAGAGGAGUAACCUGGAGAGAGACUAAGGAUGCCAUGUGUUGCUGCCCAGCUUGGAGAGACCCCCGUUCUGGCCCUUCCAGACCCUCCGACUGCCCCGUCCCUCUACCCGUCAGCGCCUGGAACGCACACUCACCGCCUGCUGGAGAUCUAAUGCUGAACGGCCCACCCAUACGACACACAUCUCUCUCCCCCAUCCCUCCUCUUCAGGACUGCAAUGUUCACCACAUUUUUAUAUUUAGCAUUUGGCGGUUAGGACAUUAGAGAACAAUGUUUACUACUGUUCAUAACAUGUAUAGCACUGUUUUUUUUUCGAAAUACAGUAAAGAAAACGAGCGUAAUCUUUAGUUGUAGCAAUUAUUUGUUUGAAACUCUCUCUUUCUUAUUGUACAUAGUCAUUAUGUGACAGAUUUCAGACAUACAUCUGUUUUCAAAUUGGAAAUGGCCAUUUUAUACCAGUUUGUACAGGAUGAGAAGUCUUUAGGAAUUGGUCUAAGCUGUCAGUAUUUCAGUGAACAGAUCAUUGCGAUUUUCUCACUAAAGGCACAUAAACGUGAAACAAGUCAAUAGACUUCAUUUCUGACUGAAACCUGCAUAUCAAUGCAUCUGACACAAUGUAAAUGUUCUACGUGUAUGAAUGCAACCUACUUGCUCCAUGAUCUCCAUGCAACAUGCCAUCCAUGAUGUACCUAAUGACCGUUAGCUUCUGUCUACUGCUACUACUACUACUACGUCUACUAACACACUGUCCACGGACCUAUGCACUUUGUUGAAUGUAGAAGGAAACGAAUGACUCAUAAAUACCCGUCGAUGUAUAAAGAAUAUGCCAAUAAAGCAGAGUGGUUCGAACAACU